AUGGAAAACGAUGAAAUAAUCAUUUUAGAUGAUAUUAAUAAUGUUAAGAAUAACGAAAAUUCAAUUGAAACAUCAAAUACAAAGCUUGGUAAUAGAUCUUCAUUAUUACAACAAAGAUCCAGUUUGUCUACCUCUCCACCUUCAAUAAAAUCACCUUCUGCUAAUUUAACAAUAAAUAUUCAUGGUGGUGAUAAUAAUACCCUUACAAAUCUUAGCAGUAAUAUUAAUAACAAUGAGUCGACUGUAAUGUUACUAGCACAUGAUAGUAGUGAUGAUGAAUUGGAAAAUUCUUCUUCAACACAAAAAAGCAUUCUUCUAUCACCCCUAAAGGACAAUGAUCAUAACAGUAAUAAUAAAAAACCAGAUGCUUAUAAUUAUACACUUAGUUGGGGAAAUAUUUUAAAAAAUCUUUCCUACAUACUUAUUUGGUAUUUUUUCUCUACUGUUUUAUCAUUCUAUAACAAGAGUUUAAUGGGGAAAGAUAAUUUCAAUUUAAAAUUACCAUUAUUUACAAGUGCUAUACAUACUGGAAUGCAUUCUAUCAUAACUCUUGUUUUGAUGAAUGAUACUUUACCAUUUAUUUAUGAAAGAAAAAAAGGAAAAUCAAUAUCAAUUCAUAGUUAUGUUACUAGAGUUAUUCCAUGUGCUGUGGCUGCUGCAUUAGAAAUAUGUAUGGCUAAUGCAUCCCUUGUAUAUAUAACACUCAGUUUUUAUACUAUGGUAAAAUCAUCUACACCAGUUUGGGUUUUGCUUUUUGCAUUUUUAUUUCAUUUAGAACAACCAAGAAUUUUACUUGUAUUGAUAAUAACAGUGAUAAGUGUGGGUGUGAUAUUGACAGUGGCAGGGGAAACAAAAUUUAAUCUGAUGGGGUUUUUAUUAGUAUUAGGUGCAGCAAUUAUUAGUGGAUUGAGAUGGACAUUGACACAAAUAUUGUUGCAGAAAGAGGAAGGAAUGAAUGAUCCAAUCUCAACACUUUAUUACAUCUCACCUGUAAUGUUUAUCAUGAUGCUUAUUCUUUCUUUAAUGUUUGAAAAUCCUUUAUUCAUCUUUAGUACUUCUAUACAUUUUCGAAGUUUUAAAACUAGCUUACAAACAUUUGGUUUAAUGUUAACAGGUGGCUUGUUAGCCUUUUGUAUGACUGUGGCUGAAUUUGCUUUAAUCAAAAACACAAGUACUGUCACGCUAUCUGUAGCUGGAAUUAGUAAAGAAGUGCUUGUCAUUGCUCUUUCUGUCAUUAUUUAUAAUGAUGCAAUAACUUCUGUAAAUUUGUUGGGGCUUAUAAUUUCAAUUUCUGGAAUAACAGUAUAUAAUUAUUACAAAAUACUUAAACCAACAAAUACAAAUCAUUAUCAAUCAUUACCAUCAACAUCUCAAUAA